GUUUAUUUCUUGCGUACAGCUACCCAGUCCUGGGCUACGGACGUGACAUUACCCACGAAACGUGGAGAAGGUGGAUCGUGCUCGCCAUCGAGAACGGCAUCUGUCAGUUGGCCUCAGCGACUUGUACCCCAAACACUGAGCAGGGCUCACUAGCCCAGCCACCAUAGUGGAAACACUCAAAGUUUCAAGAUUAUACAGGAAUAUUGUUUCAGAUGUUCAGGCAUCAAAGACGAGAAAGUGCAUUUCCUUCUGUUUCUCCUCUGCGUCACACAAACGUAGAUACCUCACCUUGUGUUCCCGUUCAUCAAAGAGUUUUGACUUUCCUUGGAUGCAUGUGUGCAUCAUUUGGACCGCUACAACGAGAUGAUUGGAAACGUUGUGUAACAGUACUUCUUUACAUGGCAACUACACAGUCGGAGACACGUACAUGUAGAGAAUCGUUCAUGCGGCUUAUCGGUGGAAUAGAUCUUCAAGUUGUGCUGGUGUAGGCCGUCAAAGACGGUCGCCGUGCUGAAGGCAGGACACGGCGUUACAAAGAUUAUAUUUCACACGUUUACAUCACAACCCAACGUUUUUAUAUCGGCGGAAUAUCAAGCGCCUUCACGCGUUGACUCAAUACAAUUAAGCCACGUGGGCACUCUUGGCGCCCAGUCGGAAGGAAAUUACACCGGCAAUUUGAGAGAGGCUGGGUCCGCACAGAAAACCUUGUGUCAAAACACACACCACUCAACGCGGAGUUGUUCAGCUUUAUUAUUCCUGGUCGAAUCUUGUCCAAAGAUGAAUCUAGUUGAGAUUUCAGGGAUCCUCUUAUGGAUAUGCGUUCGGUACACCCAAGGGAAUGAUGGCUGCAAACUUGACGCUUUUCAUCGAUGUUUCCAAUCCAAAUUCAUGGACAUUAGCGAACCAGAAAAUGUACACAGUGCAUGCCUUCAUCAAAGGUCAAAGACGUCCCAAUGCAUGGAGAAGGUUAAAAGAGAAUGUGAAGCUGAGCUGCGGCAGACCAUCGACACGGCGGCGUGGAAGGACGCCGUGACCUUAUACUGCGACAACACCCAUCUCUUCGCUGCCAACGUCAACUGCACUCAACGGGUAAAAUAUUUUAUGAGGACGUGUUCCACAUCGGGGUUGACGCACUUCACUGAGAAGAUGGCACGGAGGAAUAUUACCAUGACCGACCCCAAAACAGGGAUGCAGCUGACAUGCGAAUACAAGGAGGACACACUAGAUUGUGUGGACAGUAAGCUGUCCAGGAAGUGUCCAGAAAAUGUCCGGAACGUCCUGGUCAAGGUCAUCCGUCUGUUCAACAAGCCCGCCUGCUCUUUCGGACCGUACGUGGACACCACCAUGCAUCCCACCACGUCCACGUCGUCCCAGCGAGAAGACACCACUAAUACUGGAUCCAGAACCACAGCGGCAUACAUCAUCUUGUCUUUAGUUCUAGUGCACUUGAUGUCGUAGAGGAUGGUAGUGAAAGAGACAAUAAUAUUUUAUGAAGGGUUUUAUAAGUUGCAGUGUGCAUUGUAUCAAUUUGUAAUUAAAAUAUCGAAUAUCGAAUUCAUCACCUUUCAUAACUUUAAAUUUAAACUUCAGUAAAAUUAAGUAUUCGACGUUUAUGAGUUGAUAAUGAAUUUGGGCAUUCUCAGAACAACACACAUAUUGGAACUAAUGAUAUAUGUCACAUGUAUGAUGUAUAGUGUGGUUACAAUGUGAAGAGUGUGAAGUAUUUUGUAAAUAUACAAAUGGUGUCAAACAGA